UCGCCGCACAGUGAGUCGUGAAACGCAGAAGGUCGCCCGUGUAGCAAUCAAAGAUAAAUAAAACUAUUUGUUUAUUAAAUUUUCGAGCAAAAUGUCAAAAUUCGCGUUGUUAGCCGUUCUCGCGGUCCUAGCCGUUGCCCAAGGCUACCCACAAAAAGAAGUCGAAAUAUCGGAUGCUGCUUCAAAUGGAGAUUGGAAUUUAGUCCACAAACUGAUCCAGCAAAGGUUCGAGAAUCAAAGAAAUCUCUGGGAGCCAAGCUUAACAAUCCCGACUGGCAACGUCCGGAGCCUGAAGCCCUUGGAAGGUGGCCACGUGUACGGCGAGUCUGAGUACACCUUCAGAUCGGAAUCCAACGUGAACGGCAAGAAGACGGAGAGCAAAGGAGGGCACCGCGUCGUCAACAAAGAUGGCGUCGUCACCGAGUAUGACAUCGAACCCAAGUUUUAGAAACCUAAUGAUUAAUUAACAAUCUUAAUAGCUCACCCUAAAAAAGCUGGCUUUUGAGACAAGAUGAACUACACCAACGCAUGCAGUGCAGGUCGCCAUGCAUCCAUCGCCGGCGCGAUCACGGCGUGAUCAUAGGCCAUUGACAGAUAGCGCGAACUGUCAUGGGUCGCGUCAACUGUCAUUGGCGUAUGAUUGGUGUUGGUGUGGUUGAAGCUUAAAGUUAAUUCAUCCAGGAUUUUGAGCAAUAUUGGUAAUUUUCGUUGGAGUUUAAAAAAGUAUGAAUACGUUGUUGAAGUAUUAGUACUAAAUGAAUGGGAAAAGUUUUUGUGUGAAUUGGUAUAAAAGAGAUUAUUGAUCAUUUCCAGAGAUCUGUCUCAAAAUUCCUCCUGAAUAUUUUCACAUCAGGUGGGAUUAUUCUUAUAAACUCUACCUAUACUACCAGAUUAAGAACUAAAUUAAUUAAGGGUGAGCUAUGCCUGGUUGAUUAGAAUAAGAGCUAACAUCAUCAGCUUGCUCUAACAAGAAUAUGUGUCAUAUUUAUAGUAAUAUACAAGGGAGAUUAUUAUUUAAUUAUAAGAACAGAAGUCACUCUGCAUUUUAGAGAAGUCUUACAAGUUUUGUCCUUAAAUAUUCAUAAAAGGUAAAGUCAACUUAAAGUUUCAAAAGUUAAUGGAUUAAUUUCAAAAUUAAGAUUUUUCCUUGUCGAUUAAAAAGUUACUAAGUGUACAAGUUAAUUAUGUGGAUAAAAUUCUUAAUUAAAAGUAGAAACUGUGAUUUAACAUAGAUAUCGUGAU